AUGCCUCUCCCACCUCUGACCAAGGGACAAAAGAAGGCAGCGAAGAGAGCUGCCAAGAAACAAGGCGCAUCAGCUACUAAGGAGGCUCCUUCGAGUAACGUAAAGUAUACACUAGUCGGUACUAUCGAGCCUGAGCGGUUCGACACGCCCGCCAUUUCAUUCUUACCUACCCAGGAUAGCGCAACAUCGACACGGGAUGUUAUUGUUCCCACUUCUCAGCACUCCAGCCUUAUGUCGCCUGGAAAUUUCGACGCUGCUCCAUCUAUCUCAACUGCCUUACAGCAGCUACCACCAUUGAGCACUGAUGUCACUGGGUCUCGGUCUUCAGGUCCUUCGCCUGCGUUGUCCGCACUGCCUUUAGAAUCCCUGGGCAGCUUCAACGAUAGCUUCACCUUCAAAGCUCCCACUGGCGUUGCUACCUUUGGUGAACGCUCAAAUGUCACUGAAGUUUCCAACCACGAGUAUGGAUCGUCUUUCCCCCAGAUUGUUGAGGACAUUGAGGAUGAAGGUCCAACUUCAUUGGCUUUCAGCGAAGCCUUCGUGAAAGAGCUAGGUAGUCCUACGUUUACGACCGCCGCAGCAUCAAGCAAAGCUUUCAAGGAAGCGUUAUCACAAAAAUCGGAAGCGACAGAGUCAUCGAUCUUCACGCGGCUCGAGGAUGCCACAAUUGACAACGGUGUAGCCCUUGUGUACAGACAUAAGUUUCCUUCCACAGCUGCUGAUAUCGAGAGAAAGCCGGAAGUAUCGUCAGCCUGUGCGAACCAUGAAUGGGCUCUUGUACCAUACUACAGGCCUAGGCCACUGAGCCUUACUGUGGGCUACAGAAUGGACCAAAGUCUUAACGAGAACGGCACCGACCUGUCACUCGAGAGCAUACUCCGUGGUCGGAUCUUCUUAGCAAACGCAGAUGGUGUAGUCCAAUGCAUCGCAUACGAACAGCUUCUACAUGACGUGGAAACCAUCAAGGAUGAUGGUGGGUCAGACUUUGAGUCGAUCGCUUCUCCAAGCAAGGGUUACCUCGAGCACUUCAGUGGCGCACAUAAUGAGACUUCCGGGAGUAUUGACAGUCGCAUUGAGGACGCCCAUUUAGACCUCGGCAUCCGCGACAGACCUCACGAUAUGGAGGGCAGUGCGGAACUGGGAAACCUCGAGGUGCCCGACCCUGAAAACAAGUAUGGUUUCGAUCGCGAAGAGCUGUCGAGCUGUCCGGACGGUUCGGUCGAUGCUAUAUCGGUCAGUACUGAGAAGUGCGAAGUGGUUGCGACGCAAGACAACAAAGGAAAGAUCCAUGACGCACCACUGAACGAGGUCUCCAACGAAGAUGUUGCGGAGACAGUAUUGACUAGCUCUCAGGUACCUGAUACUUCCGAUUGUGCUUCCGAGUUGAGUCGCAUGCGUCUAGGUACGGAGCCCCUCUCCUCCUACCUUGAAGUCAUGGAGGCCGAAGAAAGCGGAAAGGCUACUCGACACGCCGUGGUCACCGCAUUCCUGAAGCUUGUCAAUAGCGAGCGAAAGAAGCGAGGGGUUCAUGCUCUACCGUCUCUAUACACAGCACAUAGUGUGCUGAGCAGUGGCAUCCUUCCGCAUACAAUCAGGCUUGGUACUACGACUGUUGCAUCGUUCGUUGCACAGCUGUGCUUCGAUGAGAGGGACGAGGUUGAGAUCGUUGACGUGAAUGCGGCCUGGGAUCGACUGGGUCGUGAGGAAGUGCAACAGCAACAGACCGCUUCAGGAGGCAUCGUGGGCGUGUUGCGAAGAGCUCUAGCAGGCUCACAUGAGACUGCGAGUUUGGAUAAGCCAUGCUUCAAAAAGUGA